UUUAUUUAUGGAAUCUAACAUAGUUGUAUACGAUCUCACUGUUUCUAAGAUUUGGUGUACUAUGUGUGCAAACAAAAUUAAGUCAAGUUUCGAAGGACAACCAGGUAAGAAUUAUAAUAAGUCUUAGGAAUCCAAUAUGUAUAAGUAAAUGUGAUGGCAGAAAGAGUGAUUAUUUCAUUUGAUUAAAACAUAAUGUAAAUAUAGAUAAUUUAAAUAUGUAGCACAAUGAAUUAAAUAAAAGAAAUAUUUGAGAAGAAUAAUUUCUUUAUAGUUGGUCAGCCAAGAUUAAUUUAGAAUGAUUGUGAUUAACAAAGAACAUGUUAAUUCUUUUUUCCAAAUAGUGAAUAUGAUCUUGAGGAGCUAGUUGAUAUUCGAAAUAAUCUUAGUAAAGAAUAUUAAGGAGGAUUAGUAGGGAUACAGGAACAAUAAUUUAAAUACAGAAAAUAGGUAUAUUUAAGAUUACAAAUUAAUUAUAGUGUGGAUAAUUAAUAUCAAUUAAUUAUUAACCACUUUCAAUAUCAGGACAUUAGUUAAAACAAUAUAUUGAGUCAUUUGUGAAAGAUAAGAUAGUAAAGAAUGAUGAGAAAGAGAAUUUAGAUGCAGAUUUGAGUCUUAUAAUUUAUAAUUAAUUAUUGGAAAAAUUUAGAAAAAAAGAAAGACAUAUAGAGAGUGUGACAUAAAAUAAAUUAAUUUUGGCAAUAGUGGUAAGUGGUUUAUUUUUAUUAUUAUGUUCAAUAAUGCCUCAAUUUGAAUUUUAUAAUCCUGUUUUGACAUAUCCAAACGAGAAUUCAAUUUUUAGCAUAUAUUUAAUAUUGAUAUUCAUAAUGACAACAUUGACAUUAUUAAAAUUUGGUACAUAAACAUAUAAGAAUGCAUAUUAAUUAUUUAUAAAAUACAAGUAUUAAAUGUAAUAAAAAUUAGGAUGUUUAAUAUGGAUACCUUAUUAACAUUAGGUUCAUUAGCAGCAUAUAUAAUGAGUAUUUUCAUGUUAAUAGUGUAUACAAUAGAGAGUGAAUAAGGCUAAGGAGAUAAGUAUGAUUAAUUAGAGAGAGUGAUGAAUGUAAUACAUGAUUUGGAAUCAGCUGGAUUGAUAUUAACAGUGAUAACAAUAGGAAAAUAUUUUGAAGGAAAAGCAAAGUAGACAAUAAUGGAUAUGUAGAAUUAAAUAUUUCCAUAAGAAUAAUUAUUAAAGACUCCCAUAGUAAAAAGAGUAUAAGUGAAGAAUUAGGAUUACGAUAUAGAUACAUAACAUGAAUGUGAAGUGUCAUUAUUAGAAAAAGGAGAUUUAAUAAUUUUAUAGAAGAAUAUGAAAUUAUUAGUAGAUGGAGUGAUAGUAAAAGGUUCAGUGACAGUAGUAGAUUCAAUAUGUUAUGGUUGGGAUGAUAAAUUUGAAGCUUCAAUAGGAAUGAGAUUGAAAUCAGGUGCUGAUAUAUUAGAUGGAUCUUGUAUAUUUUAAGUGGAAUAGGUGAUAGAGGGUUCAAUGUUAUUUUAAAUAGCAGAAUAAUUAAAUUUAGCAUAAUCUGAAAGAGAAGAUAAAACAUUUGGAAUUUCAGCAAUGUUGUAAUCAUUAUCAUAGAAAUUCGUUUUAGGAGUUAUUUGUGUAUCUCUUUUAGUUUUAUUUAUUUGGAUUUUAUUAAUAGCUUUUAAUUUAGUCCAAAUAGAUGAAUAUUGUGUAUGGUGUUUUCCAUUUGAAAGAGCAAUAUCUAUACUUGUGGCAUCUUGUCCUUGUGCUUUAGGAUUAGCUGUACCAUCUGUUGUUAUUAUUACUCUUAAUUUAGCUUUGAAAUGUGGUAUCUUAGUUAAAAAAGUAAUAUAUUAUUAUUUAUUUAUAAGAAUACUAUAUUUGAGUAAAUUAGUAAAGUAAAAUGUGUUAUUUUUGAUAAAACUGGAACUUUAUUUACUAAAGUUGAUCAUAUUGAUUCAUUCACUUUAUUAUCGAAAAAUCAAACAGAAGUUUGUGCUAAAAAUUAAGAUAAAACUAUUAUGAAAGUUAAAUAAUUUUAAAGAUCUUUAGUAAUGUCAGAUCCUAUUGAAACUAAAAGAGAAUAAUAAUAUUGUGAAGGAACUUUGUAAUCAAAAUUAAAAUACAAUUAAACUUUAUCUGUCUAAGAUCUUUGGGCUAUUAUUAGUAUCUUAGAAAAAGAAUUUACUCAUCCUAUUGCAACAUUAUUAUUUAAAGAAUCUAUAUCUAGAUAAAUUGGAAGAUAAAGUACUUUUGUAUUAACUGAUUAACCAAAAUUAGAAAAAAAUGGAAUAAUUGGAAAUGUUACAAGAACUACUGAUAAAACAUAAUUUAAAUGUUUAAUUGGAAAUUUAAAACAUUUAGAAAAUAAUAAUGCAAUUUUAGAAGAUUAUUUAUUAAAUAAAUGUAGAUUUUUAGAAGGAAGAGGAAAAACAGUUAUAAUAAUGGCAAUUGAUAAUGUACCAGAAGUAGUUGUUUGUUUAGAUAAUAAAACUAAUCUAAGACCAGAAGCUAAAUCUGUUAUUUAAUAUUUAAGAUAAAAGUUAAAGAAAUAAGUUUAUAUAUUAUCUGGAGAUUCCAAAAAAACAGUAGCUUCAGUUGGUAAAUAUUUAGGAAUUCCUUCUAUAAAUUAAUUUGCAGAAAUUGAUGCAGAAGGAAAAUAAAAAAUUCUUAAAGAACUUAAAGAAAAUAAUUAAGAAGUCAUGAUGAUUGGAGAUGGUUUAAAUGAUAUUCUAUCUUUAUAAUAAGCAUGUGUAGGUGUAGCGAUUAAUGCAAAAUCUGAAUUAAAUUUAAUGGCUUCUGAUGUAAUAUUAUUAAAUGAAAAUUUAUGGAAAGUGGCAUCAUUAUUUAAUUUAAUGAAUAUUGCUCUUAAAGUUGUUUAUAUCAAUCUGUUAUGGGCAUUCGCUUAUAAUAUAUUUAUGGCUCGUAAUUUAUUAUUAUGAUAUUCUUUUAGCUAUUGCAGCAGGAGUCUUUUAUGGAUAAGGUUUCACUAUAUCUCCUAUGAUAUCAUCAACUGCUAUGUCCCUCUCUUCCAUAAUUGUAGUCCUUAUUAGUAAUUGCAUGAGAUUCAUUAAGUUUGAUCCAUCCUAAUAAUAUAAUCUAAGAAAAGUCGUCGAUGAUUAAAUUAGUCAAUAAUCAUAAUGUUCCUAUGAUUCUUAUGUAGAAGUCAACAGUUCAAGCUCGACUAAUAGAAAAACAAAUGCUGAAAAAAUCAUUACAAGCUGA